AUGCGGCGCACGCUGGCCCCAAUGUUGGCGGGCUACACAUACUUUGAGGAUAUGUUCCCCCGCCACGAACCCGCCCCGCGGUUUGAAUCGUACGAAGCGCAGACCGCCGCCGCUGCCGUGCGAUCCCUCGAGCCUCGACGGCAGCGGACGGAGUCGGAGAAGUUGCAGCAUCUCCAUUCCUGGCAGCGCGAUCCAGACGGUCUCACACCACCGCCGGAGUUUGGAUGGCCGGAGGAGUGGGGACCAGAACCGGGAGAAGAUGGACACAGCACAUGGUAUAAAAAGAAUAGAAUGUACAUGUCGUACGAAGAGAAGUCAAAGUACGAUUUGCGUAUGGGCGUCCCCGUAGAGAAGAACUCUAUGCGGCAUCAAGAAAUGCCAUAUCAUAAGCGCAUGAAGGCAGCUUAUCAUAACUUGCAAGAGGAGAAGCCGCAGUGGUUUGAUCCACGGCAGCGAAAAUAUUGGGCCCAGUACUCAUAUGAAGAUCAACGAGACUCCGUCGCGAAGUCCCGUGACGAUUUUUUGAAAGAGUGGCUUGAUAAACCAGAUGUAACGCAGGAAAAUGUAGCGAAGAAAAUUGGGGACUAUAAUGGGACCGCAAAACAUCAACAAGUAAAACCUGUACAACGACGUCCCGAAUGGGAAUUAGCUCCUCUACCAGAGAAUAGGUGA